GUACUACGCCAGCGCGGGCUACUGCUCCGCGUCCGAGACGAGCAACUGGAGCUGUGGGGCGAACUGCGAUGCGAACCCGACUUUCAAGCCCGUCGCGUCGGGAGGCGACGGGGACUCCGUCCAGUACUGGUAUGUCGGAUACGACCCGACCCUCGAUACGGUGAUCGUUUCGCAUCAGGGAACUGAUCCCGACGAGAUCCUUCCGUUGGUCACGGAUGCGGACAUUAUCAUGAUAAACCCGGACACGACGCUCUUCCCUGGCCUCAGCUCGAGUAUCGAAGUGCACCAGGGCUUCGCGGACGAGCAAGCAAAAACGGCGUCGGACGUCCUCUCGGCUGUGCAGAGCGCGAUAUCUACAUACAGCGCCACCAAGGUGACAAUGGUGGGACACUCCUUGGGCGCUGCGAUCUCGCUCCUUGACGCUGUCUAUCUGCCUCUGCACAUCUCCGACGCGGCGUUCAGCUACAUCGGAUACGGCCUGCCGCGAGUCGGCAACCAGGCGUUCGCAAACUACGUCGACGACUCGUCUCUCUCGGUGAUGCACAUUAACAACGAGGAGGACCCGAUCCCGAUCUGCCCGGGCAGGUUCCUCGGGUUCGUGCACCCGUCGGGCGAGGUGCACAUUGAGGAUUCGGGCGAGUGGGCGUCGUGCCCUGGCCAGGACAACCCGAGCACGCAGUGUAUCGUCGGGGAUGUGCCGGACAUAUGGGAUGGUGACGAGUCGGACCAUGAUGGUCCGUAUGGUGGGUUGACGAUGGGAUGCUGA